AUGGCUUCAAAGGUCUCCUGCUUAUACGUUUUGACAGUCGUGUGCUGGGCCAGCGCUCUCUGGUACUUGAGCGUAACUCGCCCUACUUCUUCCUACACGGGCUCCAAGCCGUUCAGCCAUCUAACAGUUGCCAGGAAAAACUUCACCUUUGGCAACAUAAGAACUCGACCUAUAAACCCCCAUUCUUUUGAAUUUCUUAUAAAUGAGCCCAACAAAUGUGAGAAGAACAUUCCCUUCCUGGUGAUUCUCAUCAGCACCACCCAUAAAGAAUUCGACGCCCGCCAGGCGAUCCGAGAGACCUGGGGGGAUGAGAACAAUUUUAAAGGCAUCAGGAUAGCCACCCUCUUCCUCCUGGGCAAGAACGCCGAUCCCGUUCUCAACCAGAUGGUGGAGCAAGAGAGCCAGAUCUUUCACGACAUCAUCGUGGAGGACUUCAUCGAUUCCUACCACAACCUCACCCUCAAAACCUUAAUGGGCAUGAGGUGGGUGGCCACUUUUUGUGCAAAAGCCAAGUAUGUCAUGAAAACAGACAGCGACAUUUUCGUCAACAUGGACAACCUUAUUUAUAAACUACUAAAACCCUCCACCAAGCCGAGAAGAAGGUAUUUUACCGGCUACGUCAUCAAUGGAGGGCCAAUCCGAGAUGUCCGCAGUAAGUGGUACAUGCCCAGGGAUUUGUACCCUGACAGUAACUACCCGCCCUUCUGCUCGGGGACUGGCUAUAUCUUUUCAGCUGAUGUGGCUGAGCUCAUUUACAAGACCUCACUCCACACCAGGCUGCUUCACUUGGAGGAUGUAUACGUGGGACUGUGUCUUCGGAAGCUGGGCAUCCAUCCUUUCCAGAACAGUGGCUUCAAUCACUGGAAAAUGGCCUACAGUUUGUGUAGGUAUCGCCGCGUUAUCACGGUGCAUCAGAUCUCUCCAGAAGAAAUGCACAGAAUCUGGAAUGACAUGUCAAGCAAGAAACAUCUCAGAUGUUAG